AUGUGCAUCUUGCAAUUCAACAAUGCUCGUGAUUGUCAACAAGCCUACGAUGAAUGUCUUCAAGGCAAGGAAAUCGACGGUCAGCUGUUGCAUGCAGAAUUCAACGGAGAACGUCGCUACAGUUCAUCAGAAAACUUACACACUAGCCAACAGUACGGAGGACAUUCCAGGGAUUUCAGACGUCCAUACUCAGAGAAUGAUUACGGUCACCAAACCUAUGACAAUAAUGGGGCUGAUGGUGACGGUUCGUCCAGCACUUCUUGUACGCUUACUGUGUCGAAUCUCCCAUAUUCUGCGUCAGAAAGGGAUAUUAUGCGUGAGUUUCCGGAGGCAUUACGAGUUGCACUCUCACUCGAUGAACAGGGGCGUUCAAGAGGUGUUGCUCAUGUGACAUUUUCAAACUCGGAACAGUGCAGCGCUGCUCUCACCUCUUGUGGCAAUAAAAUGAUGGGGGAAGACCUGUUCGUGGACGUAUUCAAAGAGGUAAUAGCCUGCUCAGACACAUUGUAUGUGACGAUGUUCAUUACAGAUCAGGAAAGCACCCAGCAGUCAAGUUAUAAUAAUAAUAACAACAACAACCAGAGGUCUUACCACCGUGAUCAAAGAGAACAUGGUCAGCGUAACCAACGAGAUUAUAAUCAGCGCCACUUCAACAACCGGGACCACAGCAACCAGCGUGAGAAUGGCAGUCAAAGAGACAAUAACCAACGUGAUUACGGCCAACGGGACUUUAGCAACAGACAGGGGAGACAGUUUGACUACAAUUCCGGGAGAGGAGAAAGAGAUAUGAAUCGUUUUCAAGGCGGGUCAGGAAACAGAGGCGGACCUCGUGAUUUUGGAAGGAAUGACAGAUUUGAUCGGUCGGAUCAAAGACGAGAUCGCAGUCCAGCUAGGGGAGAACCUGUCCGUGGGUAUGGUAGUUCCAAAGGGCCACGGAUAACAUCAGCUGUGAUUCACCGCCCAGGAAAUGCCAGCCCCUCGGAGUCCUCCUCUUCCGACGAAGACUGA